GGCCGAUAAGAGGCGGUGACUGCCAUCCCAUUCUCGAGCUGGGCUGGUCGGCGCGGUAGGGCGGAGGUGGGGCGGCCCGGUUUUUGCUCGCACUACUUGGGAAGGCCCGGCCCGUAGGCCGGCCGUACCCUCUGCCCCAGACCCUGCCGAGGUGCCUCGCUCCGCGUCCAGACAUGGAGAGCGGUCGCCGUGGCUCGCUGCUCACGGCGCUCCUGGUCGCCUGGGUCGCGGCGGCGGCAGCUGCGGAGGCGGAGGCCGGCCCGGAGCAGGCCGUGCUGCCGCAGGAGCGGAGCCUGGUGCGGCCCAUGACAGCCUCCAACUGGACGCUGGUGUUGGAGGGCGAGUGGAUGCUGAAAUUUUAUGCCCCUUGGUGUCCAUCCUGUCAGCAGACUGAUUCAGAAUGGGAGACUUUUGCAAAGAAUGGUGAAAUACUUCAGAUCAGUGUGGGGAAGGUAGAUGUCAUUCAAGAACCAGGUUUGAGUGGCCGCUUCUUUGUCACUACCCUCCCAGCAUUUUUUCAUGCAAAGGAUGGGAUAUUCCGCCGUUACCGUGGCCCAGGAAUCUAUGAAGACCUGCAGAACUAUAUCUUAGAGAAGAAGUGGCAAUCAGUUGAGCCUCUGACUGGCUGGAAAUCCCCGGCUUCUCUAACGAUGUCUGGAAUGGCUGGUCUUUUUAGCAUCUCUGGCAAGAUAUGGCAUCUUCACAACUAUUUCACAGUGACCCUUGGAGUUCCUGCUUGGUGUUCUUACGUCUUUUUCAUCAUAGCCACCUUGAUUUUUGGCCUUUUCAUGGGUCUGGUCUUGGUGGUCAUAUCAGAAUGUUUCUAUCUGCCACUUCCAAGGCAUUUAUCUGAAGGUUCUGAGCAGAAUCUUAGGUCAGGGGAGGCUCAUACAACUGAACAGUUGCAGGAUGCAGAGGAAGGAAAGGAUGAUUCAAAUGAAGAAGAAAACAAGGACAGCCUUGUAGAUGAUGAAGAAGAGAAAGAAGACCUUGGUUAUGAGGAAGAAGCAGAGGAGGACGAGGAGGACAGCCCGGCUGCUGGCAUGGACGAGAAGAGGAGUGAUGCCCGGGACCAGGGGCCCCUGAGGGAGGCCCAGGAGGAUGAAGGACCUGCUGGGACUGAAGAGAAUGCCCCAGAGCAGCCCUGUCCAACUGGCACAGAGGCAGCGGAAGACACAGUGAGACAGCGCAGAAGUCAGCAUGCCGACAAGGGACCGUCAGCCUGAUGACAGUGUUUCCAAGGAUACAGACCAAAAGAAUAUGUGUGCUUCCUUCUGGUCUGCAGUUUAAACCAAAUCCUUAUUUUUUCUUGAAUGAGCAAGCUUCUCUUAAAAAAUGAUUUCUAGCCCAUGUAGUCUCAUGGCAUUAUUCUCAUAUAUGUUAAGGAGAAUCUUUCAGGCAUGACAGGGUACAGAAAAACAAACAUGCUGUUAGGGUCUGUUUGGGACCUGUGAUGAGAACAAAUUCAUUUCCUUGGGGCCCCAGAGUUUUGACCAGAGGAAGCAAUCCCCAGCCAUCGUGAGCACUGUUCAUGGGCAGUAGACAGGGCUGCAGGCCCCUAACAUGAAAGCAGGGCGAAUGAACGUCCUCAGGGUGUAGCUGAUAACUUGCUUCCUCUUCUUGUAUUGAAUAUUUAUUUUUGUCAAACUGUAAGAAACGUCGGGUACCAUAGUACAAGUGUACUUUUUAGAGAUAGAACUUGAGAGGGCCUUGGAUAUUAUUGUAGAAAAGAGCUUGGAAAUCUUCCUAACUCUCUAAAUCUCCUUUCUUAUGUUUUAUUUCUUACCUUUAGCAUUUCCAACUUUCCCACCAUGGGCCUGCAGGCCCCUCACACUCUUCACAAUCUGUCCUCAGUGAGAGGACUCAGACAGCAGUCUACUUGACAUCAGCUGCGUUUAUUCCACCUUAAGGGUUUAGAUAAUCAAGAAGCACAGCCCAUGAAGCCAUGACUGCCAAGCAUCUCAAAUGUUGUAACCUUUGGAGAUUCAAAAGGAAGUAGGGGUUUUACAAGAGAGAUUUUUCUUGUUGUUUUUAGCCAAAAUGUCAUUUUUUUUUUUCAAAAA